UUUAACAGAUUGUAAGGUCUAAGUUAUGGCGUCAAAAGAUGAACCAGAACAAAUGAAAGAAGAUAGUCAGAAUUUCGUUCUAAAGAACGUUGGCAAAUUUUGGAUCCUGAAAACAAAUAAAGACUUAAAACGCCUUGUAUUUCUUGACAAUGCUAAAGAUGUUAGAAUUGAUGAAAACAUUCUAAUAGCUGAUGAAAGAUUAUUUGAAAUACACAAAAAUGAAACAGGUGAAUAUCUAUUUCGCCGUCUUCAGGAUCUGACAUACGAGACAUAUUUUGUUACGAAAGAAAGCUCAGGUGGACAAUUAACGACGAAAAAACACAUUGUUGAUAUAGAAAAAAAUGAAUAUACGCAGAAUCAGCUAGUCCAAGAUCAGUCUGAUAAAGCAUAUAUAAAUCCUAUAAAUGAAAAUGUGUACGAGGAAAUCAAUGGGGAACAGGGUGCAACAAGAAAUGUAAAAUUAGAAAGAGAUACUAUAACUGGUCACUAUGAUCAAAUGCCGCAUCCAAUAACAUAUACACCCCUAUCUGCUCUUAGUGAAAGAUGUAUUGGUGAUUUAAAUCUUGGGUCUGAUGCCAACGGAGAUUAUUAUGAUAUGGUAAAAGAACACGAGGAGGACGAUUCCUGUGUGUUUGAAAAUAAGGAUCGUGUAACAAAUGUUGCUGACAUGACACCGGCAUCAUUAGAAGGAAACGAGUUUAAAGUAGAAAUUGAACGUUCAAAGUUGGCAAAGAUGUAUUCGCUGAAAGGAAAGAUGACAUUGUCAUUUCAAGAUAAGGAGGUCGUUCUGAAAGAUGUAAACACGCAAAGUGACAAAUAUAGGUUUCCGUAUACCUGGAUAAAACGUUUUGGGAUUUAUAAACCAUUCAUCUCCUUUGAAAUGGGAGCUGGAAAAAUUAUAUGCAAAACAAAAGAAGCAGAAAUAAUAAAUCGGAAGUGCCUUGAAGUCAUAAAAACUCUUGCAAGUAAGAAAUGACCCCAAGAAAAUAAUAGAAAUGCACGAUCCCUUUGAAAUCAUUCAUUUUUCUCUGAUAUAUUUUUCACGUGUAAAUUAACACGUAUACAAAUAAAUUUAUGAAACAACUAAAGAAUUUUUAAUAACAAAACAAAAAAGACUACGACAUACAACCUAUCCAAUUGAAUUACAGUUUAACCUCUUUACAGCAGCCAGCAGUCGGACAAUCCAAAAUUGACUAAUCUAGAGAGGUGGCUGUUGCUCGGAGGAUUUGUGUCACACAUAAUACUUUUAUUACUUUAAAUGCUAUUGAAUUGAAGGUUUAAAGAGACAUGACAUAUUCGGAAUACAGGACCCUUUCAAGAGAUUAUCAUCAGUAUAUAGGUACAUGUAUUCAUUACUUAAAAGUGUUGAUGCUGAGACACACAUCAUUGGAUGUAUACGUUGGUGGGGAAUAUGAAAAUGAGCAUGAGUCUUAUGAACAUAUUUUUGGUUCAUGCACAUGGAUUUUAGUCAAAAGUCAGGCUGGGAAUCUGGAUGGAAUCUUGAAUCAUAAGAACAUUGUAAAUUUAAAUGGAGGAAUGCUACACCAAAAUGAUGUCUCAUGUUAAUACCUUAUACACAUUUUUUUUUGUUAUUGUUUUUGUGUUUUUUUCCUUCUUGCUUUUGUUUUUUUGUCAGAUUUUUCAUUGACUUUCACACAUUUUGUCAGAUUUUUCAUUGACUUUCACACAUUUUGUCAGAUUUUUCAUUGACUUUCACACAUUUUGUCAGAUUUUUCAUUGACUUUCACACAUUUUGGUCAUCUCUCGGUGGUCGGUUAAGCGGCAUGCCUCCAGAUUCAUGCUAAUUUUUAUGAGAAUUUUAAAAAAUGUAUUUGAAAGUAAUUAUUUUGAAGUGAACAAAUAAAGUAUUCUAACACGACCCGCAUUUUUCCCUAUUGAACAUAGAAGAACAGAAAGUGUGUGUUAUUAUGCAACAGAUGCACAGUUUGACAUUCUAUAUUUAGACAUGUGACGUAAUCAUUAUACACGUGACGUAACCACUAAAAAUCCGGCGCGCUGAAAAUAAGUACGGAAACAAAUCAGGCGCAAUUUUGCUUAACUAUCAAG